AAAAGAAAAAAGUGGAAGUGAAAACCAACCAAGUUUCUUCUUUCCCGAUUUUUUCAAAAAAAAUCGCCAAAGUGGCGCCAUAAACUAUCCUGAAGCUAAACCAAUUAACUAGCCCACUUCCAACCAUACGCCAGCGUAUUAUUGCAAAUCAGGGUGGAUCGUCCGUCAAAGAACCCAAGAAAAAAGUGCGUGCUUCCAUUUUGGAUGCUGCUUUGGGAAAGUGCGUGCGUGCGACAAACUCUUUGUUUUGCGGCUGAGGAUGGAGAGAAGAUCGCGAAAAUCGCUGCUGAUAUCGCGCCUCACCGCUUCAGUUUGAGUGUUCGGCCCAGGGGGGAGUUUAAAAAAACCUACUAAUCCUGUCGCUAACUUCGCAUUCAACAAGCCGAUCCGCUGAACUAAUUCGAACGGAAGAGGAAAACCACAAGUGGUGGCCAAAAUGAUUAAAGGAAGAAGACCGCGUAACGCCAACGGAACGAAGAGUUCUAUCACGGCAUCUGCCAAAUCUGUUACCGACGACGCAGCAAGUCCGAAGCGAAAGGAUUUUAAAUUCGAUCUCCACGGCACCGACGCCACCGUAUCCGUGGCACUGAAAAAUGAUUCAAUGGUAUUAAGAGGUGGUCGCUUAAAAACGGUCGACAUUUCGCGAUAUUUACAACCAACAGCUAGAUGCAAAAAUGCCCCAACCAUUCAAACGGUGGCUGCACCAAGAAAUACCGAUAGAUUCAUUGAUAUUACGGACGAGAAUACGUGCGAUUCGUUCGAUGCUCCUCAGGUUGCCGAUGAUGACGAUGUGUGCAUUACUGGCAUAACAACGCGCAGCGAUCAUGAAAUGAAGCCGGAUGGAUCAAGGAGUAUUCCAUCGCAUCGCAACAAUCACAACAAUAAUAACAUAUUUCUGCAGGAGCCGGUGUUGAGCUUAAACUUUGACAAAACCCCAACCUCGCCGAAUCGGCCGCGCCUCUUUAUUCACAGCCCUUCUUUCAUAGCAAAUGCGGAGCUGAACAGCAACCGGUUUUCAUCGUCACCGCAACCAAAGAGCGAUUCCCUCUGGAAUGGAAUUGCGUCUAUGGCUGGCUGCCAUACAAACGGAAGUGGUCUGGGUCUCCUGGGGACAUCAGCGAACAAUGCUCGUGAACACCCGCAUGCCUUAGAUCUGUCCAAACCGACGCAGGUGACGCAGAUCGAUUCGACAACCGUCUCGACAGUGAACGCAUGUUUGCAUCAGGAGGAUAGCAACUCGUGCGAUAGUGGUGAUAGCGGCGAUAGCGGUGUUGUCAUUUUGUCGGGCAACGAAGGACAGUCUGGUUCAUCGUCCUCACCAGUGAUGCCCGAUUCACGGCUAAGCGCACCCGGAAACCACACGACACCAGCUGCAGAAAGGCGCAAGAAACCCUCUACUCCACAUCGGAUACUCUGUCCUUCGCCCGUAAAGAAUGCCAUCGUAUGCCUUCCAACGAGCACGGGAGGAGCCUUGGGAUCGUCACCAUUGGGUAACAUUCAUAAAAGCCGCCGUGGAACGAACAAGUCCCGCAAGAGGUUGAAUGCUAAACAUGCUCCACAUGAAAAUGCACCAGAUGCGAAGCCGCUCGGAAAUUCCGGUGACGAUAGUUCCUCUCCAUCGACUAAUGAGACCAAUACACUAAUGACCCAUGACAAUACGACGCAAUCUACAGCACCAGCACGGCAACUAAUCGUUCUCCCGCCACCAUCAGCCAAGGGUUCUGUCGCCGGUGGUAAUAAGAAAAUCACUGAAUUCUACCCUGUUAGGCGAAGCGUUAGAAAAACGAAGAAAGAGGUUCAAGUAGAACGUGAUCGGGAUAUCGAGUUAGCUAUUCGGGAAGGUCGAGAAGAGGGUUUGCAGAUCGAGCAUUUCGAAGGGAAAGGACGUGGCAUCGUAACUACGCGUACGUUUAGCAAAGGCGAGUUCGUGGUCGAGUACAUCGGCGAUUUGAUAACCGUGGCUGAAGCUAAACAACGUGAACAAAAGUAUGCCGAAGAUGACAACACGGGCUGCUACAUGUACUACUUCAAGCACAAAAAUAUUCAGCAUUGCAUUGACGCGACGGCCGAAAGUGGUAAGCUAGGACGACUGGUAAAUCAUUCACGCAACGGUAAUCUGGUUACAAAAACGGUUUUGCUUAAUAAUCGGCCACAUCUCGUGCUCAUAGCCAAAGAUGAUAUCGAGAAAGGAGUUGAGAUAACGUACGAUUAUGGUGAUAGAUCAAAGGAAGCUCUGCAGUACUAUCCCUGGUUAGCAUUGUAAUCCAGCCCUGCAGUAAUAGCCAGAACCAUUAUACUAUAGGCAAUAGCGCCUUAAUUUUCAUGCUAGAACAUAGUAGUGCGGGUUAUGUCGUUGGGAUCAUUGCGAUAGCCAUGACUGCAACAAGAGAAGAAUCUGGAUCCUUGGCGCUCCCCUAUGUUCUCAAGAUCGAUCCAGAUGGUUUAUUUUUCCGUUAUUUUGUUGUCUCACAUUCAAUAGUGCGUAGAUAAUAGUAGAGGAUAAACAGCUGAGGUGCCUCAUCAUAGUUCGUGUUAACAAAACUGCGCGUUUAUCGUAUUGUCUCCUGCCCUUUUGUUACAAAUAGAAUAAUGUAAACGGUAUAGUUGCCGUGCUUAAAUGUUACUUUUUCCCACGAUGUUCACUACAAAAAUAAAGGGGGCAGUUUGAGGUUCUCUUGCUAAAAGAGGCUCUUAGGAACCACAGAGCAAACAGAUUAAACGGAAAGACAAAGACCAAACGCGAGACAAGGCGCAAAAGGCAAAGAUAGGUA